AUGACAGACUAUCGCAGUUUAAAAUCGAAACACUUCGUCUUUUUUGGCGGGACGUCUGGUAUUGGCCAAGCUGCUGCUGAAGCAGUGGCCAGUGAAGGUGCAUUCAUCGCCGUUGUCGGACGCGACCCUACAGCAGGCGAAAACACUGUGAAGCAACUCGAGACCCGAGGCGCAGCCAGCGCCACAUUCAUUCGCGGUGACUUGUCAAGUGUACGAGGCGCGAAGCACGCGGCCAUGGAGGUGCAGCGAUGGAGCAAGAAGAUUGACGGUAUCGUCCAUUCUGCCAUGAGUGCAUUCAGUGGCAAGAGAAUCACCAAUGACGGAUUGGAAUUCGCGUUUGCCUUGCAAUAUCAAGCACGCGUCGUCAUCGACAACCUACUUCUCGAUAACCUGGCAGCUUCGGGGGAUGGCAGAAUCAUCCAUCUGGCUGGAGCAGUUCCACAAUUUGUGGUCCCUGAUCUUGAUGAUCUACAGUUCGAAAGGACACCCUUUAGCUUUUGGAAGGCGCUUCUGGGUUCCAACAAUCUUGGUUUCAUGUUCAUACAGGAGGCAGGUAAUAAGUGGCAAGGUCGAUCGGUAUCUCUUGUUGCCGCCUGUGUCGGAACAACCAAGACAAAAGCUAUGCAAGAUCCUGGAAUGCCUUUCUUGAUGCGCUUUAUGGCCAAGUUCGGAACAACACCCGAGAUAUCAGCCAGAAAUAUCGUCCAAUACCUUAGAUUGAAGACCAUCCCAAAGGAGGAGAAGUUCGGGAUCAUGUGGAAUUCCAAGCGGUUAGUCAUCAGCAAGCCAACACAGCCGCAGGAUAAGGCAAGUAAGCUCUGGAAAAUUACUAGCCAAAUCUCGGAGGAUAGAGGCGUACCACUGCCUGCGAUGGAUGGAACUUCUAAAAGUGGCAUGUCCAUGACAGUGCAUGAUAAACUUUGA